AUGAUAUUGAAUACACAAAUUGUAAUUACUGAAAAGGGCAACGAUACGGAAGCUAAUUGUGAUGAAGAACAAAAAUUUAUUCAUUGGUUGAUUAAACAUCUGGCAUGUCUCAAUAUUUAUACCACAGAUGCUAAAACCUUUCAAGAAGUUUUAAACCUGUUUGAAGUUCAAAACAGUUUCUGA